CUCAUUGAAAGCAAACACAUGUCUGGUUUCUGUCUCAGGAAGACCUCAAAGUUUGCAAUAUUUGGACAUCUCUUUGACGCGAUUCCCAUUGGUUUCCGAUUACCACUUCACUGCAGAUAAUGGCCAAUGAAUUCCAACACAUUUUAACCAAUUUAUUGAAUGUCGACAAUCAGUUCCGCACGAAGGCUGAGGAAGUAUACGAUGCCAUUCCUCCGGCAGAGAGGACUCAACACUUAUUUGCGACAAUCAUUGACGACACUAAGGAUGAAGAGGUAGUGUGCGCCAAUUGUCUGCCGUACUCUUGAGGCGACUUAUAUUCAGUAGUUUUCCGGAAAUUAUUAAAAAUGUUUCCGAAGAAGUUUUUGAACAAAUGAAAUGUCAAACACUUCUACUUCUGGAGAAGAAUAUAUCGAAUAAUAUGCGGCGGAAAGUGUGUGACAUCGCAGCAGAAUUGGCUAAGAAUUGCAUCGAUGAAGACGGGAACAACAAAUGGCCACAAAUUCUCAAGUUUCUCUUCGAUUCGGCCAACGCUUCCAACUUAGAGCUCAAACACUCGGCUCUUCUCAUAUUCGCUGCCGUUCCGGGAGUCUUCGGGAACCAACAGAACAAGUAUCUGGAAGUGAUUCGACAAAUGCUUAUCCAUUACUUAUGCGAUAAUUCUAACGAAGAGGUGAAGACAUCGGCAGUGAAAGCAACGGCGGCUUUCAUCUUAUGUCACGAAACAGAGAAACCAGUUCUGAAGCAAAUGACUGAUUGUGUUCUUCCGAUGAUUCACGUGAUGUCCACCUGUAUUGACAACGAGACCGACGACUCGGGCCUCAAGUCAUUCAUCGAAAUCUCUGAAAAGUGUCCGCAAAUACUUCGGCCACAGUUUGAGGCCUUAAUCGAGUUGUGUCUGAAGACACUGUCCAACACAGAAAAGGCUGAUUCGUGGAGACAUUUGUCGCUCGAAGUGAUUAUAUCUUUGGCAGAAAACGCUCCGUCGACUGUCCGUAAGAGGGGUUCACCAUAUCUGUCACAUUUGAUCACUCAAUUGCUUCUAAUGAUGACUGACUUAGAGGACGAUCCGAACUGGUCUUUAGGGGACACCGAAGAAGACGACGACGAUUCUGAAAGUAAUGCAGUGAUAGGGGAAAGCAGUUUGGACCGCCUGUCCUGUUCAAUCGGUGGUAAAACGGUGCUCCCUCUGGCCAUUACCUCUAUCUCACAAAUGUUGCAAAACAGCGAUUGGAAGCACAGAUUCGGUGCACUAAUGGCUAUCUCGGCUGUGGGUGAAGGAUGUCACGACCAAAUCACUCCAAUGCUUAGCCAAAUAGUUGACGCCAUAAUCCCAUUCCUCACGGACUCGCACCCGAGGGUUCGAUACGCGGCCUGUAAUGCUUUGGGACAAAUGGCUACCGAUUUUAGUCCAUUAUUUGAGAACAAUUACCACUCGAAAGUAGUGCCGGCUUUAGUCACACUACUCGAUGACUAUAACAACCCCAGAGUACAGGCCCACUCCGGUGCCGCUUUAGUCAACUUCUUUGAGGAAUGUCCGCAAAAGAUUGUCAUUAAUUACUUGGAAAGUGUUGUCAACAAAAUAGAACAAGUCUUGAAUUUGAAGAUCAAAGAAUUGAUGGAAAAGGGCUCUAAACUAGUUUUGGAACAAAUUGUGGUCACUUUGUCCGCUUUGGCCGAUUCAGCUCAAGAAAACUUCCAAAACUAUUACGACAAAUUUAUUCCGUGUCUUAAAUUCAUUAUCCAAAACGCAAUCACAAAAGAGUUAAGACUAUUGAGAGGCAAAUGUAUUGAAUGCAUUAGUCUUAUCGGUCUUGCGGUCGGCAGUGAAAGAUUCUGUUCGGAUGCCAACGAUAUAAUGAAUUUAUUGCUUCAAAACCAAACGGGAGAACUCAAGUUAGACGACGACGACCCUCAGUUAUCAUAUAUGAUCUCUUCGUGGGCGAGAAUAUGCAAAAUCUUAGGCAAUCAAUUUGAACCCUAUUUACCAUUCGUUAUGCCAUCGGUUUUAAAAGCGGCCGCAAUUCGGAUAGAAGUGGCACUUCUGGACCAGGACGACAUGAAAGUUGUCGAAGAAGACAAUGACUGGCAAUGCGUUAAUUUAGGAGAUCAACAAACCUUUGGCAUAAAGACUGCGGGACUCGAAGAAAAGGCGACCGCUUGUCAAAUGUUAGUCUGUUAUGCGCGGGAACUGAAGCAAGGAUUCGCUAAUUAUGUUGAGGACACCGUUAAGAUAAUGGUUCCAAUGCUGAAGUUCUACUUUCAUGAUGGUGUCCGAACGGCUGCCGCUGAAAGCCUUCCUUUCCUCAUAGACUGCAUUAAGACAAGAGGGGAUUCAUAUGUCUUCGAGCUCUGGAAUUUUGUUUUCCCGGAACUCAUGAAAGCCAUCGAAACGGAACCAGAAAAAGAUGUUUUAUCUGAACUCAUGACUGCAUUAUCACAGUGUAUCGACAAAUUGGGCAAAAACUGUUUAAAUGAAAGCCAAUUACAAGACUUGAUUAAAGUGAUUGACAGUCAUCUGAAGGAUCACUUCGAAAGGUAUCGUUUACGGCAAGAGAAACGAAACGAUGAGGACUACGACGACGGCGUCGAAGAAGAGCUCAUCGAUGAGGAUGACGAGGACACGUAUGUGUUGAGCAAAGUGGCCGAUAUAUUGCACUCUCUGUUCAUCGCUUAUAAGCAUGACUUCUACCCAUACUUUGAUCUUAUAUAUCAACACUUUAUUAAUUUAGCGGCCGAGGGUCGGCCUUAUACUGACAAGCAAUGGGCUGUCUGUGUGAUGGAUGACGUGAUAGAGCACGGGGAACACCAUUGUGUCAAAUAUGAGAACUUUUUUGCGCCCCUUCUGUCUGCUGGUGUUCAGAGCACUCACGCGGAGAUCAGACAGGCCUCUGCUUAUGGUAUCGGCGUUUUGGCCAAACACGGGGGACAGACAUUCGCCACACAUUUUUCCGAAUAUAUUCCACUUUUGGUUCGUGUGAUAAGCGAUCCAAACGCACGACUGGCUGAGAAUAUAACGGCGACUGAAAACGCCAUUUCCGCUGUCACUAAGAUUUUGCAGUUUAAUAGCAGUCAGUUAGACGUGGACUCCAUUCUUCCGGUUUGGUUGAGUUGGCUGCCAGUCUGGGAGGACGACGAAGAGAUACCACAUAUCUAUGGCUUCUUAUACUGUUUACUAGAGAGGAAUCACGCGGUCAUAAUGGGUCCAAACAAUAGUAAUUUACCGCAUAUUGUGGCCAUUAUUGCGGAAGUGUUGGCGCGAAUGGCCAUUGACUCAGCCUCUGAAUUGGGACAAAAGCUGAUCGCUUACCUCCAGUUCAUUAAA